AUGCUUAGGGUAAGGGAGAACUUCUUGAUGGGGAAAGUAGGCAUAUGGAUAGACGAGAUAGGCAUUGCCACUGUUGCCGUACGUAGUACGUUCUACGCCCCAACAAUAGCACUCUUGUGUCCCUACUCCUCGGCUGUAAAGGAGAGCAAGGGUCAAGAGGAGAGGACGCGAAAGGUACAGUCAGGUCAUAAAGCCAAUAGGUCUCGAGCUUCAAGCACGGUUACGGAUAAAGCCUCAACUGACAAGGGCGUAGCGGUGAGCUUAGAGACUACGUUUCGAAUUGCCGUAGAAAGAACUCCCAGAGUGUGCAGCCGGAUAGGAGAUGAGACUUGGGAAAAGUGCACCCUGCGGAGAAAGCGAUAG